CCCGGGUUCCGCGCCGCUAGGGCGCGGGCGGGGUCGGGGGUUGCGUGGCCGGCGCUGCCCGCCCGCCUCGAGUCCGCGUCCCGGGCCCGGGCGGCAGGCGAGCAUGGAGGAGAAGUACCUGCCGGAGCUGAUGGCGGAGAAGGACUCCCUGGACCCCUCCUUCACGCACGCCCUGCGGCUGGUGAACCAAGAAAUAGAAAAGUUUCACAAAGGAGAAGGCAAGGACGAAGAAAAGUACAUUGAUGUGGUGAUUAAUAAGAACAUGAAGCUGGGACAGAAAGUGUUGAUUCCUGUAAAACAGUUCCCUAAGUUCAACUUUGUGGGAAAACUUUUGGGGCCACGUGGCAAUUCUCUGAAGCGCUUACAAGAAGAAACCUUGACAAAAAUGUCCAUCCUUGGAAAAGGCUCCAUGAGAGACAAGGCAAAGGAAGAAGAGUUGAGGAAAAGUGGAGAAGCAAAGUACUUCCACCUGAAUGAUGAUCUCCAUGUUCUGAUUGAAGUGUUUGCCCCGCCAGCAGAAGCCUAUGCCCGGAUGGGACAUGCUCUGGAGGAAAUCAAAAAGUUCCUCAUUCCUGACUAUAAUGAUGAAAUCAGGCAAGCACAGCUCCAGGAAUUAACAUAUUUGAAUGGUGGUUCAGAAAAUGCAGAUGUACCAGUUGUUCGAGGGAAACCUACCUUGCGUACAAGAGGUGUACCAACCCCAGCAAUAACCAGGGGAAGGGGAGGAGUCGCGGCCCGGCCAGUGGGAGUCGGGGUACCGCGAGGGACGCCGACUUCCAGGGCAGUCCUUUCCACGCGAGGGCCAGUGAGUCGAGGAAGAGGACUUCUCACUCCCAGAGCAAGAGGCGUCCCCCCAACUGGGUACAGACCUCCACCGCCGCCCCCAACACAAGAGACCUAUGGAGAUUAUGACUAUGAUGAUGGAUAUGGCACUGCUUAUGAUGAACAGAGUUAUGAUUCCUAUGAUAACAGCUAUAGCGCCCCAGCCCAAAGUGGUGCUGAUUACUAUGAUUAUGGACACGGACUCAGUGAAGAGACUUACGAUUCCUACGGGCAAGAGGAGUGGACUAACUCAAGACACAAGGCACCCUCGGCGAGGACAGCAAAGGGCGUCUACAGAGACCAGCCAUACGGCAGAUACUGACUGUACUGUCUGAUGUUGUGACAUAGCCAGGCUCCGCCAGUCCUGUAUACUGUUCAAAGUAAUUGUUUUCUAUGAACAAUCCCUUUUUAAAUAGAUCAGAAUGCUUAACAUCUGAAUGGAUGGAAUUUAAAAUUACUUUGUUGAAACAUCAACCUGGGCAGAAAAAAAAAAAAAAGACAUGUAAAAUUUUGUUAUUUCCAGUCUGUAUAUGAAAAAAUAGGUCAUCAAAAGGAAAAAAAAUAACUUUGAUUAACUAGUGUUAAACAAAAAAGAUAGGUUUACUAAAUAUGUUAAUCCAUCCUUUUAACAUAAGCCUCACCUUUCAUUUUAAAGGUUUCCAUAGAAAUUUAGUUAUUUUAUCUUUCAGCCAUAUGCUAGUUGUUUUUUUUUUCUCUUGCCAACAUGCGUAAAAAGGGAAGCCAAUUACAAGUGCAAAUAAUGUGGUAUUCUUUUGUAACUCAAGUCUUGAAAUGUU